AUGGCGACGUCGGCGGCGGCCGCCGUGGUCGUGUCGGCGUGGGCUCCGGCCGCUUCCUCCUCCUCGUCGUCCUCGUCCAUGGUUUGGGCUAGGCUUCCUCUUUGCUUCUGUUCCCUUUGUACUUUCGGCGUGGAUUGGGAAUGUGAUGAUGCUAACUGGGCGAGAUGUUCCGGCGUGGAGUACUUGCCUUGCCCUUUUACGAGGUCAACUGAACCUAUAGCUGUUUUAUGUUAUGUAUGCGAAGCAGUUGCACGAGCCGUCGCUGGCCAGAAUACAGUGGUGCAGUUGCCAUUAACCACUGGAAAUGUCGAGUCAGGGCGCCCGUAUCUGAUAGCAGAUGGAGGCGAUGUCGCCUUGCACGAGAUCAACGGGAAUGUUGUGAGAUUGAAGCUGCAGGGAGCACGUGGAUCGUGUCCAAGCUCAGUGACGACGAUGAAGAUGAGCAUUCAGCGACGCUUGAUGGAGAACAUACCAGAGAUCAGCGCAGUCGAACGUGUUGCAGACAAGGAGAUGGGGCUUAAGCUAAAUGAAGCAAAUGUUCAAAAGGUACUAGCUGAGAUUAGGCCAUACCUUGCUGGCAAAGGAGGUGGCGAGCUCGAGUUCACCAAGAUCGUUGGCCACACUGUGAAAGUCUGGCUCACAGGCCGAGCUGCAGGCGUGAAGACUGUUCAAGUGGCGCUAACUCAGAAGCUCCGAGAGAAGAUCCCAUCCAUUGCAGCCAUCCGUGUAUAUUGUCAUAAUUUUUGUGGAUAUCUGUAUGUCAGCUCCUAA